GCCAUACCUCCGUCACACCGACUCUUCAACUCCCAUAUCCUAAUCGCGUCCACUCAACUCCAUCUCCUGACCAAGGCGUUCCUCCGAUGGGGACAAGCGCCUCCAAGAACUCCGACAGCUCCCAUGGCGGCCGCGACGGCCAGCUCUACGUCUCCCUUAAGAUGGAGAACUUCAACAUCGGAGGCGAUCUCAUCCCCCACGUCUACGGCUCCGCCCCCAUCACCGGUUCUUGGGACUCCGCUAAGGCCCUCUCGAUGGCCCGGGAGUCGGCGUCGACGUGGGAGCUCGGCUUCGUCGUGCCCCCCAAUCACGAGACGCUGGACUUCAAGUUCUUGCUGAAGCCUAAGUACAGUAACGUGCCAUGCGUGGUGGAGGAGGGGCCGAGCCGGUUGCUCACUGGAGGGAUGCUGCAAGAGGAGGAUGCCAGGUCGGCGCUGUUCAAGGUGGGCGGAUGUGAGGAGGUUCUUGAGUACAGGUUGUUCAUUAAGGUGGACAUAGUGUCCCCGUUCGAUCUUGCAGCUAGUUGGAGGGCAUAUCAGGAGAAUCUUGAGCCGUCGAGGGUACGAGGGAUUCCAGAUGUCAGUAUCAAUGUUGCACCCGAUAAUAUGGGUUCGGAGAAUGGGCCAGCAUCCACUUUGGAGCUUGAUUUAGAACACUAUGUUGUUCCAGCACCAUCUUCCAGCGUUGGUGUAGUUUAUGCUGCUAAUUUGACAGAGACACCAAGAUCCUUGGUUAAUACUGGAAUUUCCUCCAAGAAUGAUGCCUCAAGUGGAAGUUCAUAUGACUCGAGUAAAGCUGGUGUUUUUUCACUUGACCAUUCCAACAGCCAGAAGGAUAUGGAUUCUAUGGUCUUGGAUCCUCCCAAACUUCUUCCAGCUCCUGGUAUGGUUGAAUCGAAGUCGGUUGGCACGUUUUCACCAUUGCUAAAGGAAGAUGGCCAAAAAGGACUCUUAGUUGAUAGGGGUGUGGGCUCUCCUAGACUUGUUAAAUCAGCUAGUGCAGGUGCAUUCACAUUUGAUCCCAAGUUGGGCUCUGAGACAAAGGCCAUGCCAGCAGCAGCUGGAGCAGUUGCAGCCGCAGCUGUAGCUGAUCAGAUGCUUGGACCAAAGGAGGAUAGUAGGUUGGCCAUUGUGUUGGUUGGUUUGCCAGCCCGGGGAAAGACCUUCACAGCAGCCAAGCUUACUAGAUAUCUGCGUUGGUUAGGUCAUGAGACCAAACAUUUCAAUGUUGGCAAGUAUCGCCGCCUUAAGCUUGGAACAAACCAGUCUGCUGAUUUUUUUCGUGGGGACAAUCCAGAAGGUUUGGAGGCUCGCAAUGAGGUGGCUGCUUUAGCUAUGGAUGAUAUGAUAGCCUGGAUGCAAGAAGGAGGUCAGGUUGGUAUCUUUGAUGCAACAAAUAGCACCAGAAACCGAAGGAAUAUGCUCAUGAAAAUGGCUGAAGGAAAAUGUAAGAUCAUAUUUCUGGAAACAAUUUGCAAUGACAAACACAUAAUAGAAAGAAAUAUCCGCCUGAAAAUUCAACAAAGUCCUGAUUAUGCAGAAGAACCUGAUUUUGAAUCUGGAAUGCGGGACUUCAAAGAACGCUUAGCUAAUUAUGAAAAGGUAUAUGAGCCGGUAGAGGAGGGUUCUUAUGUCAAAAUGAUUGACAUGGUCAGCGGACAAGGUGGCCAGAUACAAGUUAACAACAUCAGUGGUUAUCUUCCUGGCCGAAUUGUCUUCUUCUUGGUGAAUACUCAUCUCACACCCCGGCCUAUUCUGCUUACUCGGCAUGGUGAAAGUCGAGAUAAUGUCAGAGGAAGAAUUGGAGGUGACGCCGUUUUGAGCGAAGCUGGUGAACUUUAUGCAAAGAAACUUGCAAACUUUGUUGAGAAGAGACUGAAGUCUGAGAGGACAGCUUCUAUAUGGACUAGCACACUACAAAGAACAAUACUAACUGCAAGCCCAAUUGUUGGAUUCCCAAAGAUACAAUGGCGCGCUCUUGAAGAGAUAAAUGUUGGAGUUUGUGAUGGAAUGACUUAUGAAGAAAUAAAGAAAAACAUGCCUGAGGAAUAUGUAUCUCGUAAGAAGGACAAGCUUAGAUAUCGAUACCCUCGUGGGGAGUCAUACUUGGAUGUCAUUCAAAGACUGGAACCUGUAAUUAUUGAGCUCGAACGACAACGUGCACCAGUUGUUGUCAUUUCUCACCAGGCCGUGUUGAGAGCAUUGUAUGCAUAUUUUGCUGACAGACCACUAAAAGAAAUUCCGGACAUUGAGGUGCCACUUCACACAAUAAUUGAGAUACAAAUGGGGGUUACCGGUGUCCAAGAGAAAAGAUACAAACUCAUGGAUUAAUUCAUUUCCAUAAGGUGUAAACAUGAGUUAACAUUGCUUGUAGCUGGCUCUUCCAUCUUGCAUUUUUGUUGUAACAUUUAUAUAAUUAUGAUCGACAGACUGGCUGUCUGCUUGAAAGGAAGCAACUCCAAUCACUUUCUUGGUGACAUUUACCACCUGAAUGGGAAAAAAAGAACAGUUAAUAGCUUCA